UCAACACCAUACAAGGCUUGGAAAAGACUCAAAAAUAUCUUAAAUCACUUGGUCGAUAUGGUAAUGCACCGUUUUUGGUUGGUUUAUAUGGAUGUGGUAACGAAAUAGCACAAGGAUUUUGUAGAAUUUGUGCUGUAUAUGGUGGAAUUUACAUGCUUGAUCAUUCUGUUAAACACCUCUUGAUUGACGAGAACUCGAAUAAAUUCACGGGAUUAGUAGAUGUGAAUGAUCAACAAAUAUCAUCUACUUUCUUGGUCUCAUCUAUUGACUACCUUCCAUCAAUAUUUCUCAAAGAAGAUGAGCUUUGGGAAACAACGUCACGUGCGAUAGUGAUCACAGAUAAAUUUAUUCUUGAAGAAACCGGUGAUGCAUCAUUAACCAUUUAUCCACCAGAAACAGUGAAAAAUAAAUAUCCUGUAACCGUACUUCAAUUCUCUGCUGGAACGCAAACAUGCCCUGAAGACAGAUAUUCUGUGUCAGAUACUACUAAACCGAAUCCUCUGUUCGAAUUGUUUUACCGACACAAAAAGCGAGUUGUAAAUUCUUCAGAAAUACCCGAAAAUAUUAUUAUUGCAAAUGAUCCAGAUUCAUCACUAGAUUUUGAGGAAGCUACUAUUCAAGCAAGGCAAUAUUUUGAAAAAAUGUGCUCUG